AUGACUUUUGUAGCUUUGACUAACGCAGGCAAACAGGUUAUCAGAAUAUCUUUCUUUGCAAACGCAUUUCCCAAGGAAGUAUCCAUCGACAAGAUGCUGGUGAUUCUCCUAGAUUCUCCUAAUGAUUCUCCUAGUGAUCCUCAUAGUGAUCCUCAUAGUGAUCCUCCUAGUGAUUCUCCUAGUGAUUCUCCUAGUGAGUCUCCUAGUGAUCCUCAUAGUGAUUCUCCUAGUGAUUCUCCUAGUGAUCCUCAUAGUGAUCCUCAUAGUGAUUCUCCUAGUGAUUCUCCUAGUGAUUCUCCUAGUGAUCCUCCUAGUGAUUUUCCUAGUGAUUCCUCUCCUAAUUCUCCUAGUGAUCCUCCUAGUGAUUCUCCUAGUGAUUCUCCUAGUGGUCUUCCUAGUGAUUCUCCUAGUGAUCCUCAUAGUGAUUUUCCUAGUGAUUCUCCUAGAUUCUUCUAG